CAGGCAGCAUAUUUCCACCCGAAUUACUUUCUCGAACCACUCCUUUCAUCCCCUCUAGGUUCCUUCCGACCCGUCCAGGCCGGCGUAGCGCUCUAGAUCGAGGUCUGGCAACUGACGUUCUAGUUUGUGCGCUAUUCCGAACGACAUAGUGCUCGGCCGUUGGACUCAUACAACGUGUACUUGUUUAGAAGUCCCUUUCGUACUUGUAGUGCCGCUAUACAUCGCGUCGGUCCGUCGUGAUCCGAGCCUUUCAGCACGCUCUUCAAGUUUGAAAGGCCCAUAAGCUUAAGCCGUUUGUUAGACACGAAAGGUUAAGUGCUGACUAAAAGACACUUUGAAGAGCGGGAGCGGGCAGAAUGGCGCGGGAGGAGGAGGAGUACCCGGACGAGGGGGAGGAGCGGGUGAUUAACGAGGAGUAUAAGAUCUGGAAGAAGAACACCCCGUUUCUAUACGACCUCGUUAUAACGCACGCGCUCGAGUGGCCGUCGCUCACGGUGCAAUGGAUGCCAGAGCGGCAGGAGCCACCAGGGAAGGACUACUCCGUGCAGCGCAUGGUGCUGGGCACGCACACGUCGGACAACGAGCAGAACUACCUCAUGCUCGUCGACGUGCAGCUGCCGCUAGAGGACACGGAGACGGACGCCAGACAAUACGACGACCAGAAGGCAGACGUUGGGGGGUUCGGCGCUGGGGGCGCUAAGGUGCAAGUGGUGCAGCAGAUCAACCACGAGGGGGAGGUGAACCGCGCGCGCUACAUGCCGCAGAACCCCUUUCUCAUCGCCACCAAGACCGUGUCCGCCGAGGUGUUUGUGUUUGACUACAGCAGACACCCCUCAAAGCCCCCCCAGGAAGGCACAUGCAACCCCGACCUACGGUUAAGGGGCCACAAAACCGAGGGGUACGGGCUGUCCUGGAGCCCCUUCCGCGCCGGGCACCUGCUGAGCGGGUCAGACGACAUGCAGAUCUGCGUGUGGGAUAUCGGAGCGGCUACUAAGGCGAACAAAGUCGUCGAGGCGAAGCACAUAUACCGGGCGCACACAGGAGUGGUGGAGGACGUGGCAUGGCACUGCCGCCACGAGUACCUCUUUGGGUCGGUGGGCGACGACCAGCAGCUGCUGCUGUGGGACCUGCGCUCCUCCGCUGUCGAUAAACCCGCCCACGCGGUUACCGCGCACCCUGCAGAGGUGAACUGCCUCUCAUUCAACCCCUUCAACGAGUGGGUGCUAGUGACAGGUUCAGCCGACAAGACAGUGGCGCUGCACGACAUUCGCAACCUGUCCAAGCGACUGCACACCUUCGUGCAGCACUCGGAGGAGGUGUUUCAGGUGGGGUGGAGCCCGCAGAACGAGACCAUCAUGGCAUCCUGUGGGGCCGACAGGCGCCUCAUGGUCUGGGAUCUCAGCAGGAUCGGCGAGCAGCAGUCACCAGACGACGCGGAGGAUGGGCCGCCUGAGUUACUGUUCAUCCACGGGGGGCACACGAGCAAGAUCUCCGACUUCUCGUGGAACGGCAACGAUGACUGGGUGGUUGCCAGCGUGGCGGAGGAUAAUAUCCUGCAGAUCUGGCAGAUGGCGGAAAAUAUCUAUCUGGACGAGGAGGAGGAGGAGGGGGGGGAGGGGGACGGGGGGAGGGAUGGAGGCGGGAGAAAAAGGAUGGCGGAAUAGAGCAGCUGGAGUAGGGAGUUUUUGAGAAUUCUCAAAAACACCCUGCAAAAAAAGAUGGAGGGAGAAAAAGGAUGGCGGAAUAGAGCAGCUGUAGGGAAGGAGAGAGGGAUGGGGGGUGAGAGGGGAGGGAGCGGGGUCAGGGAGAGGGGGUUAGUCGUGGCGACUAAGAAAAGUGCAGGGGGGAAGAGGGAGGGAUAGGAAGGGGAGAUUCUGGAUGGUAAAAGCGGACUUGAAGGCAGGCCGAGUGGAGGAGUUUUUUUUUAGGCGCCUCAAGAAGGGGAGAUUCUGGAUGGUAAAAGCGGACUUGAAGGCAGGCCGAGUGGAGGAGUUUUUUUUUAGGCGCCUCAAGAAGGGGAGAUUCUGGAUGGUAAAAGCGGACUUGAAGGCAGGCCGAGUGGAGGAGUUUUUUUUUAGGCGCCUCAAGAAGGGGAGAUUCUGGAUGGUAAAAGCGGACUUGAAGGCAGGCCGAGUGGAGGAGUUUUUUUUUAGGCGCCUCAAGAAGGGGAGAUUCUGGAUGGUAAAAGCGGACUUGAAGGCAGGCCGAGUGGAGGAGUUCCAAGGAGCCGAGGAAGGAGUUAGUCUGCGACAGAAUGGUUGCAGUGGAGUCAUUUUUUAUAAUUCUAAAAAAUGAGCCCAUUCUUUGCCGCUGUGUGUUGUGUUGUCACUCUCUGAAAGGUCUUCUUGGCCGUCGGCCUCUAAAGAAAGAUGUUGCGGCCCACAUUGGCCCGUGUUUUGCUAGUUUGUGACGUGUACCCCAGG